AUGGGUGUCCAUUCCUCCAAGGCUGCACCCCAAGGAGGGUUCGAGCAAGGGGAGGCUUCAGGGGCUCAGAGGCCAGAGCAGGAGGACUGGCCCGAGCCAGAGUCUGAGAGCAGAGCAGAUCCUGAGGCGGCAACUGGGCCCCAGCAGCUCCCCGCCUCCGCGGGGCAGCCAGAGCAGGUCCUGGAGGCCAGUGAGGGGCAGGAGCCCAACGAGAGCCAGGCUUCGGGGCCUUCCUCAGACCCACCCCGACAGCUGUCUGAGAGCGGGGAUUCACCAGUCCCAGAAGCCCAGGGGCAGCAGCCACCCCCUGGGAGGCCCCGCUACCACACCAACUGCCUGGAGCAGCCCCUCGCCUGGGGAUUCCAGAGGAUGGGGCUAGCUGUGGGCUCGCACCCCUGGCUUUUCCUGCUGGCUCCCCUGGUGCUGACGGCUGUCCUGGGCACCGGUUUGAUGUACCUGCCCAGGGAGACUGAAGAGAACCUGGGGGAGCACUACACCCCUUUGGGCAGCCCAGCCAAGGCCGAGCGGCACUUCGUGCAGGCACAUUUCUCCACCAACGAGUCGCACCUCUUCUCCCCGUUGCGGUCCAGCAUGGAGGUCAACUUUGCCUCCAUCCUGGUGGUCUCCAACACUACCAAUCUGCUGGAUCAAGUCAUCUUCUCAGAAAUUAGUCAACUGGACAAGGCGGUGCAGAUGCUGACCGCGCCCCUGGGAAAUGGAACCUACGUCCUCUACCCUCAGGUGUGUGCCAGGUACCAGAGCACCUGCAUGCCCUCCAACCCAGUCCUGUUCAUCUGGCAGAAGAAUAACAACAUGGAUCUGAAAAGCAUCACCUUCCCUAUUUACAACACCUCCACUUCUCCCGUCUACUUGGCCGGCCUCUUGGGAGGAACUGUCCUAGGUCCCGGCUCGGGGAUAAGCCGGUUACUCCUGCAAGCCAAGGCCAUGCUGCUGCAGUACUACCUGAAGACCGCGGACCCUGAGGACAGCGCGCGCAGCCAGAAGUGGCUGCUGGAGUUCCUGGACCAAAUUCAUGCCAUUGAAAAGCGCCUGAUCUUGAAGAACAUCCAGGUGGUCUACUUCACAUCACUCUCUAAGAAACUGGAAUUUGAGGCGACUGCUAGGUCAGUGGUCCCUUUGUUUUACACGGCAUACCUUCUGAUCAUAUUAUUUGCAAUCGUAUCAUGCUACAGGUUUAGCUGUAUACGAAACAAAAUGUUUAUUGCAGUCGUUGGAGUGAUUUCUGUUGCCUUGGCAGUGAAGAACAACGUCAUGGACAGCGUACAACAGCGAAUGUCUGACGUCUACUCCCACGUGGCGGUGUCCAUCACCAUCACCACUCUCACAAAUGUCCUGGCCUUCUUUACAGGGGUGAUGACCUCCUUUAAGUCCGUGCAGUACUUUUGCAUUUACACGGGAACAACCUUGCUCUUCUGUUAUUUUUAUAACAUCACCUGUUUUGGCGCCUCUAUGGCCCUAGAUGGUAGGAGAGAAGCGGCCUGUCAGCGCAGGCUGCAAAGCUCAGAGGGUAACCCGGACCAAAAUUCUUCCUCGCUGAUAAGAUGCUGCUGCCUCCCAUUUAGUUCUCUUCGAACUGAUGAAGAAUCGAGCAUCCAUCCAAUGAACUUGUUCUUUAGAGAUUAUUUUGGCCCCUUUCUCACAAACACUAAGUCCAAGUUUGUGAUAGUGGUUUUAUACCUUCUGUACAUCACAUUCAGUAUAUAUGGCUGUUUCCAAAUGCAGGAAGGUUUAGACCUUCGACAUCUGGCAAGUGACGAUUCCUAUAUCACACCCUAUUUUAACAUCCAUGAAGAGCAUUUUUCAGAUUAUGGUCCCAUAGUGAUGGUUAUCAUGACUGAAGCAGUUGACUACUGGGAUAAAGACACUAGGCAAACAUUGGGGAAAUGUCUGACCGCUUUUGAAAACAGUGAUUAUGUCAUUCAAAAUCUAACUCAGUUUUGGUUACAAGCAUAUAUACAGUAUAUGGAAGCCAACAACUUAGCUGAAAAUGACAAAGAUAGUUUUAUAAACAACAUUCCUGGUUUUUUAGUGCAUAUUCCAAUUUUUACAUAUGAUAUUAAUAUUUCAUCAUCACAUGAGAUUACUUCUUCCCGGGCCUUCAUUCAGACCACGGGUGUUUCUUCUUCGCACAGUAAGAAGAACAUGUUAUUCCAAUUACGAAGUAUUGCCAAAAGCAGCCUCAACCCCAGGGCCAUGGACCAUAUUCGCUUUACUUUCUCAGACACCACCCGGUGA